UAUAAAUAUGAGGGUUUCUUCUCAACUUCAAAUUAUCCUAACAAUAUAGGAGAAAAAAAUUUAACAUAUGGGAUUGAGCCAUUCUUCGCAAUGCCUGAUCGUCUUUAUAGUGAUAUGAGGUCUUAUUAUCAAAUUGCUGGCAUACGUGAUACUGUUAUGAUGGAUGGUUAUGAAAUUACUCAAGAAGCUGUUGGAGAUAUUUUCUUGUUUGAUCCGAUAAUUAAGACAAUUUAA